AUGACUGGUCACCACUUUACCAAGUUGGUAAUCGAGCAUUUUCACAAGCAGCAAUUGCACGCCGGAGCGCAGGCCACACUUGCUGUAAUUAGACAGCAGUUUUGGAUCAUUGCAGCCCGUAACACGAUUAGGGAAGUUUUACACAAGUGUAUCCCAUGUUUCAAAUCAAACCCGAAAAUACAUUACCAAAAAAUGGGCGAUCUCCCACAUCAAAGAUUGCAGCCAGCCAGACCAUUUUCAAAAUCUGGUGUAGACUAUUGCGGACCGAUUAACAUAAAAGAAGAUCGCGGCAGAGGCCGUCCAUCUAGAGCACUAGUGAGCAAUCUAACAUCUAGCGCCUUUCUGAGCGUGUUUAAAAGGUUUAUUUCACGCAGGAGAAACGUGUCGGAAAUACACUCCGAUAAUGCAACAAAUUUUGUAGGCGGAAAAAAUGAACUAACUAAUUUCAUCACCAGCGACGAGUUUAAAAAUAUUAGGGUGAUUGGGAGUGCGUUGCUCACGUUCGAGGAAAUGUGCACCUUCCUCACUCGGGUUGAAGCCUGUCUCAACUCGCGGCCACUUACCCCAUUAUCCGCGGAUCCCAAUGACCUAUCAGUAUUGACUCCGGGGCAUUUCCUUAUCGGCGAAAGUUUGACCGCCCUACCAGAAAGAGACGUACAGGAUGUCAAUCUUAAUCGACUAGACCGUUGGCAGAUCACGGAACGGAUGCGUCAACAAUUUUGGAGGAGAUUCCAACGGGAGUACGUGACCCAAUUACAAGCAAGAAACAAGUGGAAGACAGCUCCAGAACGUUCCCUUACACCUGGAUGUCUGGUACUUCUCGUUGACGAACAAACCCCACCUAUGACGUGGCCGAUGGGAGGAGUGCUGGAGGUACAUCCAGGUAGCGACGGCCUAGUACGUGUCGCAACGGUCCGCACGAGCAAGGGGGUCUAUAAGAGAGCCGCGUCCAAAUUAUCCAUCCUGCCAUUGGAUCAGGACAUCGACACCAGCGAGUGA